GUCUGCGCGGAGCCCGCCCGGCUCCCGCCGCUGCCGCUCAAUGCUGCGGCCGCGGGGCUGCGGGAGCCGCGCUCGCCGCGCACCUCGGGGCUGCGGGAGCCGCGCAGCAGCGCCCGCACCUGCGGAGCCGCGCCGGGCAUGAACCCCCCUCCCCGCCCAGGUAUUGGAAAUUUGACUGAAGGCUGCAUAUCAUGCACUGGAGAAGCCUGAGGCUGGCCUGAGGUCCCCAGGAGCCCGCUCUGCUCUGCCGUUCCCGGGCUGGGCUCUGCCCUGCAGCUGAAGAUGAGGCUGCUAUGGGAGCUGCUGGUGCUGCACUCGCUCUCGGUGUGCCUGGCAGAUGAGAACACCCUGCACGGGCCCGUGUUCCUGCAGGAGCCCGACAGCCUCAUCUUCCCCCUGGACUCGGAGGAGAGGAAAGUGAAGCUGAGCUGUGAAGUGAAGGGAAAUCCCAGACCAACCAUUGGGUGGAAGUUAAAUGGCAGCAGCAUUGACGUGGGCAUGGAUUAUCGCUACAGCCUGGUGGGAGGCAGCCUGCUGAUCAAUAAUCCCAAUAAAAGCCAGGAUGCUGGGAAUUACCAGUGUGUGGCAACAAACCCCUUCGGAACCAUCGUCAGCAGAGAGGCUCAGCUGCAGUUUGCCUACCUGGAGAACUUCAAGACCAGGACGCGGAGCACGGUGUCGGUGCGCCAGGGCCAGGGCAUGGUGCUGCUGUGUGGGCCCCCGCCCCACUCCGGGGAGCUGACCUACGCCUGGAUCUUCAACGAGUACCCGUCCUUCGUGCACCAGGACAGCCGGCGCUUCGUGUCGCAGGAGACCGGCAACCUCUACAUCGCCAAGGUGGAGGCGUCGGACGCGGGCAACUACACCUGCGUGGUGACCAACACCGUGACCAACAGCAGGGUCCUGGGGCCACCCACGCCCCUCGUGCUCAGGAACGACGGGGUGAUGGGAGAGUACGAGCCCAAAAUAGAAGUGCAGUUCCCAGAAACUGUUCCAUCUGCGAAAGGAACCACGGUGAAACUGGAGUGCUUUGCCUUGGGCAACCCAGUGCCCACCAUCAGCUGGAGGAGGGCGGAUGGGAAGCAGAUCCCCAGGAAGGCGCGGAGGCACCGCUCCAGCGGGCUCCUGGAGAUCCCCAACUUCCAGCAGGAGGACGCCGGGCCCUACGAGUGCGUGGCUGAAAACGUGAGGGGCAGGAACGUGGCACGAGGACAGCUGACAUUUUAUGCCCAGCCCAGCUGGACGCAGCGGAUCGGUGACGUGCGCGCGGCCAUCGAGGAGCGCGUGGCCUGGGAGUGCCGCGCCAGCGGCCGCCCCAAGCCCUCCUACCGCUGGCUCAAGGAUGGGGAGCCCCUGCUGCCACAGGGCAGAGUGCAGCUGGAGCAGGGCUCCCUCACCAUCCCCAACGUGAGCCUGGCGGACGCGGGCAUGUACCAGUGCGUGGCGGAGAACCGGCACGGCGUCAUCCUCGCCAGCGCCGAGCUCAGCGUCGUCGCCAUUGGUCCAGACUUUUCCAAAACCCUCCUGAAGAAGUUAACUCUUGUUAAAGUGGGUGGUGAAGUCAUCAUUGAGUGCAAGCCCAAAGCCUCCCCCAGACCUACUUAUUCUUGGAAGAAAGGAAAAGACAUCCUGAGAGAAAAUGAGAGAAUCACCGUUUUGGAUGACGGGAGCCUGCGGAUCGUCAACGUCACCAAAUCGGACGCGGGCAGUUACACGUGCGUGGCCACCAACCACUUUGGGACAGCGAGCAGCACGGGCAGCCUGGUGGUGAAAGAUCCCACCCGGGUGAUGGUGUCCCCUUUCAGCAUGGAUGUCACAGUUGGAGAGAGCAUCGUCCUGCCCUGCCAGGUGUCCCACGACCACUCCCUGGACAUCGCCUUCACCUGGUCCUUCAACGGGCACCUGAUCGACUUUGAGAAGGAUGGGGACCACUUCGAAAGGGUUGGAGGGCAGGAUUCAGCUGGUGAUUUGAUGAUCAGGAGCAUCCAGCUGAAGCACGCGGGGAAAUACGUCUGCAUGGUGCAAACAAGUGUGGACAAGCUCUCAGCUGCUGCAGACCUGAUUGUAAGAGGUCCCCCGGGUCCCCCUGAGGCCGUGACCAUCGACGAGGUGACCGACAGCACGGCGCAGCUGUCCUGGCGGCCGGGCGCCGACAACCACAGCCCCAUCACCAUGUUCGUGGUGCAGGCACGCACGCCCUUCUCGGUGGGCUGGCAGGCAGUGAGCACAGUCCCAGAGGUCAUCGACGGCAGGACGUUCACGGCCACGGUGGUGGGGCUGAACCCGUGGGUGGAGUACGAGUUCCGCGUGGUGGCCGCCAACCUGAUCGGCAUCGGGGAGCCCAGCAGGCCCUCGGAGAAGAGGAGGACGGAGGAGGCUCUCCCUGAGGUGACCCCAGCUAAUGUCAGCGGAGGUGGAGGCAGCAAGUCUGAGCUGGUCAUUACGUGGGAGACGGUGCCCGAGGAGCUGCAGAACGGGGGUGGCUUUGGCUACGUGGUGGCCUUCCGGCCGCUGGGCACGGUCAGCUGGAUGCAGACCGUGGUGGCCUCGCCGGACGCCGCCCGCUACGUGUUCCGCAACGAGAGCCUGCCGCCCUUCUCGCCCUACGAGGUCAAAGUGGGCGUCUACAACAACAAGGGGGAAGGCUCCUUCAGCCCCGUCACCGUCGUCUACUCGGCAGAGGAAGAGCCAACGAGAGCCCCAACCACUGUUCUGGCCAGAAGCCUUUCUGCCUCAGACGUCGAAGUUUCUUGGGCUCCCCCGUGGGAGAACCAGCACAAAGGAAGAAUACAGGGAUAUGAGGUGCGCUGCUGGCGGCACGACGAGAAGGAGGAGAACGCCAGAAGGAUCCGCACGGUGGGGAACCAGACCUCCACCAGAGUCAGCAACCUGAGGGGCAAUGCCCUCUACCACCUGGCAGUCAGGGCCUACAACACGGCGGGCACCGGCCCCCCCAGCGCCGCCGUCAACGUCACCACCAAGAAGCCACCACCCAGCCAGCCCCCCGGGAACAUCGUGUGGAAUUCAUCCGACUCCAAGAUCAUCCUGAACUGGGACCAGGUGAAAGCCUUGGACAACGAGUCAGAAGUGAGAGGCUACAAAGUCCUGUACAGGUGGAACAGGCAGAGCAGCACGUCUGUCAUAGAAACAAACAAAACCUCGGUGGAGCUGUCCCUGCCCUUUGAGGAGGAUUACAUCAUCGAGAUCAAACCCUUCAGCGACGGCGGCGACGGCAGCAGCAGCGAGCAGAUCCGAAUCCCAAAGAUUUCCAAUGCCUACGCCAGAGGCUCGGGCUCGUCCACCUCCAGCGCCUGCACCCUGUCAGCCCUCAGCACAAUCAUGAUCUCCCUCACAGCCCGCUCCAGUUUAUGACAACAAUGACACCCAGGACUGCUUCUUUAUAAUAUAAGCAACAUUUAGCUAGUUGUUUUGGAGACACCCAGUACUAAGUAAUAUUGUGGUUUGAGUACAUCUUACUACUGGAAAAAAACAAAUGUUUAUGCUUCUUUAGGAAUGGCAUUAUACUUCCUCAAAGCAAAUAUAGCUUUGUCUGAAGUUUCCUUGGAAACUCUGCAAUGCACUGAAAACAUCUGUAAUAUGAUGUUACCAAAGCAGUUUACAUAUGUCCUUAUAUGCAUAUUUUUUAUUAUAUAUUUAGUGUUUUAUAGAAUUUUUUAAAGUUAACAUACGAUGUAGAUAUUAAUUUUUUUCCUCUGCUAUAAAAUGCUACGGACGACAUUAUCACGGAAAUAUUGUUUGGGAUUUUUUCCUUUUGCGACGGAGAGUUCCAGGCUGUUCCUGGCAGAUUGGCUGGAGCUGCCUGCACACUUGGACAGGGCAGAACUGAUCCAGACCCGGACUGAGCUCCACUGGCAGCUCCUGUGCUGAACCCAGUGCCUCUAACACGUUCUGGCCAGAGCCCUGAGCAGGACAAACUCCAGACCCUCAGAGGAGCAGAAUUUUGGGCAGCCACGUGGUUUUUGGUUGGUUGUGGACUACAGGACACGUAGCCAAUGUUGGGGCACGGUGCAGCGAGGAGGGGCUGUGCAAUUGCUUUGUCUUGAUCACAGUUAGCAUCACACGGUGGGAAAAUGCAGAUCCUGCAGAGCUGUGACCUCUGGAGAGCUCAUUCCAAGGAAAUCCCUCACGUUUGGGAUUAAUUUCCAGGAAAUUGAAACACGGCCGCUCUGAGACACAAAGCUGCUCUGGGCUCGUUCUUUGGGACACAACUCCUCAUCCUCGGAAACUCCACUCUCCAGAGAAUGCCUGGGAACUGGGCCCGGUGCUGCCCCGGCUCCCGGUUAUCCGUGGAAAAGCGGGAAUCUCCCGGAGAUCCCCGCUGGAAGUUUGCCUUUCCUUUUAGAACCUCCAGACGCCUGGAGGCAGAACAGAGCCACAGCAGAAAACAGCACUAUCCACACUGGAAUAACUCUUCUCAAGAGAAGGACUGUUUGUUACUACGGGGAAUUUUGUAAGUUCGGACGGGAUAACGCUGGAAAAGGCAACGGAAUUUUCUAUACAAUUUUCAACUUUCAAUGCGCUGCAGUGGUAUUUUUUUUUCUUUUUCUCCUGAUAGCUUGAAUUUGCCUGUAACUUGUCCUUUUUGCUUACAAAAUAAUACAGUUAACUUUUAGACCUUCUAAAUAUAUUUAUUCAGUAACUCAUAAUCAGGAUUCCACUUGUGUAAAAGUCAGGGGUGUUGACCAGAGAAAUAUUGUCAGUAUUUCAAGCUGUGUUCCUUUCUUAGUUUGAUAUGGUUACUUCUAUGUAAAAAAAAUAAAAUUAAAAAAACCUUUAAAAAAAUCCACAAAACCAAGAAAAAUGAAAUUUAAAAAAAAGCUUCUGUAGUUUUCUCCCCGGUGUAAAUGAUAUUUAUCAGUGAUCUAGCAGAUGUAAUCUUUUUUUAAAGGUAUUGGUAAUAAAUAUUCUGUCAUUUGUAAAGAUA